AUGGGGAAGGCGAAGGCAGGAGCAAGUGCGAAGGUCUGUUGGUAUUGUGAGAAGGUAGGACACAUGGCCGCAGACUGCAGGAAUAAUGCCACAUACGCCGAGAAGAAGUUGGCGGCAGCCCUGGAGCGACCAGUAGGCAACGACAGCGCGGCUCCGCGCGCCGCCUUGCUGCAGGGCAGUGACGAAGCCAGUCGUGGUUUCCUGUUGCCAAUGCUUCCCGCGGGGCCGAAAAGGGUGAUGGUGGACGCUGGAACAGGAGCAUCUGUGUGCCCCGCAUCUUUCGACGCAGCCGCCUCGGCAGAUACGUCUGUCAAGCCUGUGGCGCUGGCGACAGCCGCAGGAGAGGAGGCGCGCCUGCGAGACGGCAAACGGUCCCGCCUCCAGGCCGCUGAGGGCACCGGGGUCACCUUGAGGUACAGCUCGAGUGAGCAGGUGGCAGUGCCUGUAGUGUCUGCGUCGGACGCCUGUGGCGCAGGGAACUGGCUGGUUUUCGGCCCCAGGGUCCAGAAGGUCAUCUCUGCGCGAGAUGCGCGGGGCCUGCGGCAGGUAGCGCAGGCGACGCCUGGCUUGGAAAUGGUCGGAGACAGGGGCGUGUACUGGCUGGAGCUCUGGGACGAGCAGCCGGCAGGAGAUGCGCGACCUCUGUGCCCUGCCAAACCCGCAAAGAAGGUGUUCACGCCACCAGUGGGGAUCCCGCCAGCCUGCGGCUCAGGAGCCGCAGGCAUCAGACGGAUGCCCCACAGCGCAGGGAGGGGGCUCGAGCCGGAGCGCGAAUCGGAAUCCGCCCCUGCCAGCGCCCCGCGGGCCAGCGGGCCAGCGCCCGCGCCUGGGCGACCAGACAGCCGGCCGCCAACUCUGCUGGCAUAUUCAGAGGAAGCGAGGGGGCUUAGGGCCAAGAAAAUCCCACCUACAGUCACGCAGGCUGAGUGGGAUUCCCAUCAGCUCACACACCUGCCAUUCAGGUCGUGGUGUGACCACUGCGCGUCAGGGAAGGCCACGGAGGGCCUUCGCGCGCAGCGGGGGCCCGAAGCUGAGGGGGCAGUUCCCAAGAUCUGCGUCGAUUAUCUUUUUCUCACGUCCAAAAGAGACGAGCAGGAGAUGCACGCAGUGCUGAACGUCUUGGACGCGAAGUCCGGAGGGCCGUUCCCAGGCAUGGUGAAUCGGAAGGGUGAGGGCGACUACGCUCUUGCACUGAUGAGCGAAGCUGUCCGCUUCUGCGGGCGCGCAAACGUGCUUCUGCUGCCAGAUGGCGAAAAACCCAUCAAUCGUCUUGUUGACGUGUUCACCGAGACCAGGAGCAGCAAGCAUAGUGCGUCCAAGCGAGUGGAGAAAGAGUACAGGGCUCUGAAGCACAGGCUAGAGUCAGUGUGCAGACAACAGUUUCCUCUCAAAUACAAAAUCCAGCCGUGGCUCGUUCGGCGCGCUGGGUGGCUGCUAGUCCGUUUCCUGGUGAAGGCAGACGGUAACAAUCCGUGCAGCCGCUUGUUCGGGAAGGACUACAACGGCGAGAUCGUGGAGUUUGGCGAGUGCGUGCGCCGCAAUUCGCCGCUAUCCACGGUCGGAAAAGCCGACGACAGGUGGCAUCUCGGCGUCUGGCUGGGCAAGAGCAUGGGGGUAGACGAACGCCUUGUUGGUGCGUCCAAUGGUGUGCUCACAUGCAGGAGCAUCUGGCGGAGGCCGUUGCAGCGGCGCUGGAAGAAGCAGCUGUUAGACGCCUUCGUUGGGUCGCCCUGGGAGCCACAGCGGCCCCUACACCAGCACCGCCCGCACCGCUGCCAGCGCCACAGGAGCCCGGAAGGCCCGGAGGCGCAGGGGAAGUGGUUCAGGAGCCACGCCCAGCAGGAGCUGCCGCGACCUCCCGUGGAGGCCUCGAAGCAGGCGACGGCCCCCAGGACAAGCGGUCAAGAACGAUCGCUGGACUGCCAGCGCUGCGCGAGCCCAGCUUGGCGGCGGCAGCUGUGGGAAGAGCAGUUAGCUACCUCCGUUCAGCCAUGGAUGGGGGAGGGCCCAGAAGUGGUUCCAAUCAACAUGGACUGGAGCAAGGAGUACUUUUCCACGAAGGCCGGUGUCAAGCUCGACCCGCAAAAGGUGUGCGAAGAGAAGAUCAUGGAGAGGAGGCAUAUCGACGCUUGCGAAGUUCAGCAUGAUAUCUCCUGGUCAGAUGCCCGGCAGAUAAGGCUCAAGCUAGUCAACGGCAAGUGGGUGCUUGAGCCGAAGCCUUCGGAAGCGGACCCAGGGGCAGUGCGAGCGCGCCUGGUUGCAACAAAGUUGAACGCGUACGCCAGCGAGGAUGCAACGCAAUCCACGCCACCAGUAAAGAUUUAUAGGAUCAUCGUAAGCCUCGCUGCGUUCAAGCAGCGCCCUGACCUCACUUGGGCGAGGCUCGUGGCAGGUUGCGACGUGUCGGUGGCAUUCUUUCGCGCGGUGUCGACGGGCAAGACAGCGGUCAUCCCGCCAGCUGACGUGCGGAAGGAAGGUUUCGCGUGGUUGUUGCGCAAGGCCAUGCACGGCGCCCGGGAGGCGAGCAUGCAGUUCGGCAGCUACGUGAUCAAAGCUCUCAUUGGGGAGGGUUUCGUCAUGAUCAUGGUCGUGCCGAUGGUGUUCGUGCACCAUGCGCUGGACAUCAGUCUCGGGUGUCACGGAGACGAGCUUGACAAUAUCAUGCAGCGCCACUUCGACGUCAAUAUGUCCCCUCGCAUCGGGCCGCCGGAGCACGGGGGGCAGGCCGCGGAGCUGAAACACUUCAAGAGAACGAUCCGCCUGAUGGAGUUGCAAGGUCUGAAGCUUGGAUCGCCCCGGGGCAUGACAGCACCCUCGUCGAAGUACGCCGGGAAAGGAUGUCCCGAUUGUCAAGUUCACCGCGAGCACGGUGAUGGAGGGAUGGCGACAUCUACCAAGAUGCACGCGCUGCGCUUGAACAGGUGUGCUCGUUACCCCCCAGACCAUCCCGGCGAGAUUUGGAUCUUCGUUUGCCAGGAGAUGCCGACGCAUCUGUCUGAGUACUGCGAUUCUGAUUGGGCGGCCGACAGGGAGACCAGGACAAGCGUGUCCUGUGUCGUCGAGCGCUUUGGAGAGCACAUGAUAGAUAUGAUCGUGUCUAAACAGUCAUUGCUCGCGCUGAGCUCUGGGGAGGCAGAGUCUUAUGCCGUCGUCAAAGGCGCGGCUAUGGGUGUCCAGACGACGCAGAUCAUCGAGGCGAUGACGCGUUUGCCGUGCAAGUUGGUGGUUUUGAGCGACUCUUCGACGGCCCGGGGCAUCUGUGACAGGCAGGGCAGUGGCAAGGUGCGCUAUUUAUCUGUGAAGGACCUGUGGGUGCAGGAGUUCCUCCGAGAGAAGCGCGGGGAGCUGCUCGAGGUUGACGGCUCUGUCAACUGGGCAGACCUCGGUGCGAAG